AUGAGUUUCCAAGCUGGAGGUCGUGGAUGCUUCAACUGCGGCGAAGCCACACAUCAGGCUCGUGACUGCCCCAAGAAGGGAACCCCUACUUGCUACAACUGCGGUGGACAGGGCCACGUCAGCCGUGAAUGCACUGUAGCCCCCAAGGAGAAGUCUUGCUACCGUUGCGGUGGUGUCGGUCACAUCUCCCGCGAAUGCCCUCAAGCCGGUGAAAACGACCGCCCAGCUGGCGGCCAAGAGUGCUACAAGUGUGGCCGCGUCGGUCACAUUGCCAGAAACUGCCCCCAGGGUGGUAGCUAUGGAGGUGGUUUCGGAGGAGGUGGUGGUGGCGGUGGCUUCAGUGGCCGCCAGCAGACUUGCUACUCUUGCGGCGGUUUCGGCCACAUGGCCCGCGACUGCACUCACGGCCAGAAGUGCUACAACUGCGGCGAAGUCGGCCAUGUCUCUCGCGACUGCCCCACAGAGGCCAAGGGUGAGCGGGUUUGUUACAACUGCAAGCAACCCGGCCACAUCCAGAGCGCUUGCCCCAACAACUAG